AUGCCGAAUUUAGGUCAACAAGCAUUUCGCCAAAACCCUGAUGAUAAAGACUUAGGUGAUGAGAAAUUGCUGAAUCCUCAAAAACCAAGGAGAGCUGAGAACACUGAAAUGGAACGAAAAGGCAAGAAUCCUAACACUCCGAAGAAAGCUGCCAAGCCAAAGGUGGUUCAAAAGCUCAUUGAUGAAGACUCAGAUUAUGAAGAUAAAGAACCACUGCUCAGGUGCAAGAGAAAGAAAUCAAGUCCAAAGGCACCUCCUGCACCUAAACCUAUUGAGGUGCAGAAUAAUGAUGAUACUAAGACCACCACUCCAGCUGAGAGUGAAUCUUCUGAGCAAGAGGGUUCUAAGCAAAAUGAGUCCGAACAGCCUGAGAUUAAGAAGGAUGAAUCCGAAGAACUGGAGGCAGGACAUGUUGAGUUUGACAAAUAUAAUUUUGAGGAACCAUUCUUUGAAACUCCCUCGGCUGAGAAUCAAGUUGAGAAGGAACCACCAGCUAAGGGAACUUUGAUAAAAUGCAAGAAUUCUGAGGUUCGAGAGAAUGCUAGAUGA